GGAGAGUGACAUUUGUAGAUAGAUUAGGAAUAAAGCGCGUGCAGCAGCCCAUUCUGCUGCCGCCGCCCGCAUGCAGCCUGCCGCGCGGCCCCACCCCUGCUUCUCUUCUGCCCGACUCCCUCAGGAUAUUUUUAGCGCUGAUGAUGUGCCCUGUCAAAUCACGUAACGGAAACAACCUCAGAGCUAAGAAGCAGAGCCGCUGUGGAGAGCCCGCUUAGCUCUGUGUGUUUUAUUGUGAUCUGCAGGAGGAGGCCGCGGAGGAGAUGAAAUUUGAAAUGAAUUUGGCGUUUUGCGUGUUGGUGGUGCUUACCGGCUCAUCGCAGACAAGAGGUCAGAGCAGUGCUUUGCCUCCUGUCUUCACCCUGGCUGCCGACGAGAGUCACACUGGAAUCUCAGCAUCUCCUGACCUGACAGAGGAUCCUGGGAACAAGUUCUCACAGCGGACACAUAAUCCUGCAAGCGAGGACGAAAUCUCAACUGAAACCUUUACCAUUGCCAUGACUGAAGGGACAGUCCAUUCAGAGACUGGGACAGAUGCAGAAUAUAAAACACACACAAGCUCUGCAGAGGCCACAUCUCAACACACGACUGCACCUGUCGCCCUGACUUCACCUUCAGUCGAGAGCACCACCCCUCCGCAGCAAAUCUCCACCACUGGAGGCAGAGCCUCUCUGACCACAGAUGCCCUCGCCACCUUUUCAUCUCAGCCAGCCCACACAGAGCGGGAUACGAGCUCCACAGCCCACGCUUCCACCAUCCAGCCACAGUCUGAAUCACUGACCACAGCCACCAUGCAGCCGACAGCAACAGGAUUCCCUCUGACCUCAGCUCCAGGCCAGGGUCCUGCUGGGCCAACACACCACGAGGUCCCGCCUGAGCUUAAUGUUGGAGAUGAAGACCUCAAGGGGCCCCGCUACCGCUCAAACUCACCUCUAGACCCCCUGCUGGCUGGCCUGCUGUCAGUGUUCAUCGUCACCACUGCUAUCGUCUUUGUCGUCCUCUUCCUCAAGUUCCGCCAGCGGACAAACCACCCAGAGUUCCAUCGGCUGCAGGAUCUACCAAUGGACGAUCUGAUGGAGGACACGCCUCUCUCCAGAUACACCUACUGAGGGAGUAUCCCAUCAGUCACUUCCACUACUCAGAGAUCAGACGGAGACACCAAAGGAAGACCAGCGUGGACCUGAGAAGAGCCUUUGACUGGAAUCAGCUGCAUCUCUGCAGACGAGUUUUGGAUCGGUGAUUAAAAAGAAAAUAUUUAUCAGUGGAUCCAUGAGAAGGAUCCAUAAAGUCUUUCAAAUGGGAGGUUUCAGAAGCACUUUUUUCCACAUUCCCUUUAAAUUUCUGAAGAGCUCCAGUCUAGUGGAAACUAUAUGUUUGAGUUACAGUGCCUCUGCAGCCCUGACUGACUCCCCAUGUAUGCACAGCACUUUAAUGUGGCAUGAAAGGUCGCAGUGCCCCCUAGGGGACAUCUGAGGUAAUGUGGAUCAAGGUUGCAUUAAUCCUCCUGUAUAAAUAAGACAACCUCAGGUUAACCAGCGAGAAAUAAGAGAGCAAGAGACACGUGGGAAAGUUGCCACUAUGCCUAAAAUGAUUAAGAAAUAUAAAUUAUGACCCCUUUGGUGACCAAAUGUAAGUGAAGUGCACUUUCAAAUUGCCAGGUGGCACAUGUUGUCUUAAAGCUGAGGUCUUGCAGAAAAUCAACACAAAAAUCAGAAGAAGGGAUUUUACAAUUCAACAGCCAUAUCUGUGGAAAAUCAGACACAGCAGUAAUCUUACAGAAGAAGCCACUCACACUAAUUUAUCAUUAAGUUACCCCAAAUUACAUGUGGAAAAUAUUUAGUGUCGUUGCCUUUUAAUGUGUAAUUACACCUAUUAUGAAUCUUUUGUCAACAUGGUCUGAUGCUGGUAUAUAAAAAUUUGGUUAUUCUGUUUCCAGUGACACUGAGAAGAGACCUAGCUACACUAAAUAAACACUAACAUGAGCAAAUUGUAAAACACACUAUUAUUGUUAAAUGUGUAGUAAAAUGCCUAUUUAUAAAGAAUGUAUUUGUUUCUGCACAAGGUGUUUGUUCAGAUGCUUUAAGUGGAGACAACGAGAAGAGGCACAGAGUUUAGAUCGUUGUUAUCUGUAUCUGUAUUAGCUGGAGUAUCAUGCAAACGUGCUGGAACUGAGCUGUUGUAUCACAGUUUUUAAACUAGUGUGUUCUGAGUUACUUUGCUGUUAAGUGCCAACAGUGAUGUAUGAUAAUAUGCCAUUGAAAUGUGGACUGUAAAAAUGUAUUGAUAUUCAGAUUUCCUGUUUGAUAAUAAAAACAGAAACCAAAAUUA